CUGUUUACCGGAGUUUCACCGUGACCUCUACCGCUGUUGAAAAUACUUGGUGGCGGAGCUGCAAUCAUUUGGUUUGAUUUUGACAAUGUAAACCGCUCUGGUGUACGCGGUGACAAUUUGACUGAAAACAAAUAAUUCAUUUUGUAUCAUAACGUCGCAAGAAGGGCUUAUGUGCUCCUCGCCGUGUCAUCUCCGCCUCGGAGUGCUGUGUGUUGUCGGCGUUGAGCCUGUUUCAGCUGCACUGCAUCAACAUGGGUGUGAUCGGUGUGCAGCUGGUGGUUACCAUGGUAAUGGCCAGUGUGAUACAAAAAAUCAUACCUCAUUAUUCCUUCGCACGAUGGCUACUUUGCAGUGGCAGUCUGCGGUGGUAUCAGCACCCUACGGAAGAUGAGUUGAGGAACCUUGCUGGGAAACAGAAGGGCCAGAAGAGGAAAGACAGGAAGUACAACGGUCACAUCGAAAACAAGCCGCUAACGGUACCCAAGGACAUCGAUCUUCAACUCGAAACAAAAUACAUCACUGAAGUCGACACAUUAGCAUUGCACUACUUCCCAGAGUUCCAGUGGCUGGUUGAUUUCACGGUAGCGGCGACUGUGGUCUAUCUAAUAACGGAGCUCUACUACAGUGUUGCUCAACCCUCAGGAGAGAUGAACAUCAGUGUGGUCUGGUCCAUGCUCGUGCUCGCCUUUGUCGUUAAGAUUCUCUUCUCUCUGACGACUCACUAUUUUAAGCUGGAGGAAGGAGGCGAGCGCUCCCUCUGCAUAACGUUCGGCUUCUUCUUCUUUGUCAAAGCCAUGGCCAUUCUCAUCGUAACUGAGAACUACCUGGAAUUCGGGCUGGAAACUGGUUUUGCCAACUUCUCUGAUAGCGCGCUGCAGUUCCUGGAACACCAGGGCUUGGAGUCGCAGGGUCCCAUUUCAAAACUUACCUUCAAGUUAAUCCUCGCCUUCCUCUGCGCCCUGAUUGGAGCCUUUUUAACCUUCCCGGGUCUGCGAUUGGCCCAGAUGCAUCUCGACGCCCUCAAUGUGACCACAGCCAAAUUUACACAAACUUUGCUUCAUAUCAAUUUCCUGUCCCCGCUCAUCAUGGUCCUGCUGUGGGUGAAGCCCAUUACCAAGGACUACAUAAUGAACCCCACCCUGGGAAAGGACAGCUUGCCUUUGAUGGCUGAGCAGACGUACGACACCCUGCGGUUAUGGACCAUCAUACUGAUGUGUGCGCUGCGGCUGGCGAUGAUGAGGCAUCAUUUGCAGGCCUACCUCAACCUGGCGCAGAAGGCGGUGGAGCAGAUGAAGAAGGAGGCGGGGCGAAUAAGUACCGUCGACCUGCAGAAGAUGGUUGCACGUGUUUUUUACUACUUGUGUGUAAUCGCACUACAGUAUGUGGCACCGCUGGUGAUGCUGCUGCAUACGACUUUGCUGCUAAAAACCUUGGGUGGCCACUCGUGGGGUUUCCGUGUUGAAGAAGAGCUGCCUUGCACGCAUCAGAUGGACUCUGUGCCGGGGGUAGCGCCAAUAGCGCCCCCGGUGGUGGAGGCGGGAGCGCGGGCUUCCGCCGCCCAACUCUCCGUCGCCCUGGGGGGCCUGAAGACCGUCUUCAGUCCUCUACUUUUCCGGGGGCUCUUCUCUUUCUUCGCGUGGUGGAUCGCCGCCUGCCUCUUCUCCACCUCCCUCUUUGGCCUCUUCUACCAUCAGUAUCUCAUGGCGGCAUAAAGCAAGGCCCCACCACCUCGCCGCACUGACUCACCAUAUCAUCGGAACUAUCGGUUCGACUCCCAGUGCUUCCUCCGCAGAUGAAAACUCUGCGUCUUUGCAUUUCUCCCUUUUUUUUUUUUUUUUUUUUUUUUUUAAUUCACGUCACAAGAUUUCAUACAUGAGCUAACAAUCACAAACAUGACUGACAUCGUAACAGUGGAGGUGUCCUUUUAUUUGGUCAAGACUUGACUUAUCUCAUGCUGGACACAGUUACGCAAACUCAUCAGUUUUUAAUCAAUUUUUUUGUGGGGGGGGGGGUUGUCCGCAGUUAUACACAGGAAACUAUUACUGAAUUUGGAGGUUUAUGGAGGUUGACUUGCUGGGUCUGCGCACCGAAAUAGUCACGGAGACAAGCUGCCCUGCUUGGGUAACUGUCAGUGCUGACGGGCUAAAAGUGUUUCAAAGAGUCUUAAAGCGAUGGAGCAAGAGGGAGGAGCCAAUCAAAGAGGGUUUGCGGUUGGUUUUUUUUUGUGUGUGUGUGUGUGUGUACACAACCGCGACUGAGGAACGAGACUUGAGUUCGUUCAGAGGCAAUCGUUUGAAUGUUUCCAAAUGAAGCUGAAGACGUUCCGGAAGAUGUCGAAAGAGGCAGCGUUGACCUCUUGGGUUUUUGUUUGUUUGUUAUUUCAAACUGAGCCAUUUUUGAAACAAGCGCGGAGCUCCUUCCAAGCAGCUGUGACUGUUUUAAAAGCGGAGAGCUCCCGCUCGUGUGCGCUCUCUGCACGCGCGGCGUCGGCGAUGAGGACGAGAUGUGUCGGCUACUGUCGUUGAUGCGAAAAAUGCCUUUUCUGGUUUCCUUUCCUUGAUGGUUUUUCUAACUCCAACUACUUUUUCAAAUAUGUGUAUUUUUUUUCUUUUGAGUCUUUCUAACAAAUCAAGUUGACUUCAUCAACGGUGCCAAGUGUUCCCCUUUGUUCCCAUGGCUGUCUCAAACCACAUCGCCACCUUAAGGGCCUUACAAGUUCAUGAAGAAUUGCGCGUGGGAGCGUUUUCGUACGUGCAAAACAAGACCGAAGUGUAUCUCUUUACUAAGCUAAUACAGAUGUCCAACAUUUUCAACACAGCAGGGCACAAUGUCCGACACUAUUUGUGCCAUCUCGGAUCUUUGCUACAUUUGUUACGUGGAACGUUUCAGUUCACUUUUCCGGUGGGAGACGAGUUGCAUCUUAGCACAUUCUUACUUUGGCAAAACGGGAAACAAUGAAUGUAUCAAGACUGCCUGAUUUGGAUGUGAUUCUUUUUUUUUUUCUCUUCUUUUUUUUUUAUCUCCCCACACUUCCUUUUAGCCAUUCUGCUACAAACUUAAAUGUGGUCACACAAUUUUAUUGGUCCUAAUGACUGUUUUUAUUGAUCUUUUUGUUUUGUUGUAUUUAUUAAAAGUUGUCGAGGCCUGUAAACAUGUAUUGUUUUAACACGAGAUCUUGCUUGGUGACUUGAAUCAAAAGUUUUAAUCCUUUUUUUCUUUUAGUGUGGCCUGUUCAGUUGCGAAGGAGCUGGGAUACUUUCAGGAUUCGCUUUUCUUCUGUUCAGUACCACUAAAAGUUUUGCUUUUUAAAAAAACAAAAUUAAAAAUUAUUCCGUUUCAUGGAUUCACAAAGUAAUGUACUGAUGUUGCUCCUGUGUAUUUAUUUUGGCAUCGCAAUUUGUCUUGGAAUAAAUUAUGUUCUUUACUUUG